AUGUAUGAUCAUCCAGAAUGGCAGAAGGCCCAGCGAGGCGAGCUCUAUCAUGCUUUUGUCCCAGAACUUAUCGCAGCUCGAGACCGAUGCAAGCAAGCUUGUGACAAGUUCAAUUCCUCCCAAUCGACAACCCGGCGCAGAGUAAUCGAGCUAUGGAGAGAGAUUACCAACGACACUCGCCCCCUUCCACCACCGCGGCCAUCUUUGGUGGAAGACGACAAGCUCCUCGAAGAGGAGCCCUGGAUCUGCAGCCCAAUUCAUGCCGAUUACGGCUUCAACAUUAUUCUGGGUCAAGGGGCAUUUGUGAAUUUCAACUCCACUUUCGUUGACACCUGUCCCAUCCGCAUUGGUGCCCGUACCUUGGUCGGGCCGAACUGCAGCUUCUAUUCCGGAACGCAUCCUCUUGACCCGGCGCUCAGGAACGGAACCAAAGGUCCCGAACUUGGGAAAGAGAUAAACAUUGGCGACGACUGCUGGCUGGGAGGAAAUGUCAUUGUCUUGCCCGGUGUGACGAUCGGGCGAGGUAGCACCGUUGGCGCCGGAAGUGUGGUGACGAAGGAUGUCCCUGCGUUUCAUGUAGCGGCCGGCAAUCCUGCCAGAGUUUUGAGAAAGAUCCAAACUACGAUGGACUCGACACAAGAUAUCUCGCAGCCGGCAAAGGAAGAUCGGGAGCAGGGAGCGGAAGGUGUGAUGUCUGUAUGA